UUUUCUCUCAGCCUGGAACAAGUAAUUGCUCUGCUCUUUCAGCUUCACUUUCUACUUUGGAGAUGCUGUCAUCAUCUUUAGACUAAUUUUGUCUUGAGGUUAAUAUAGACUGACUAGCAUAUCAUAUUUGAAGAAGGUAUAGAUAGAGAAAAUGUCAGGUGUAUCCCUUGCAGUGUCUGAAACAACCAAACACCAUGAAAACGCAGCCGUGGGUGGUAUAAUGGGAUCUCUACGUGUGAUCGAACUCCAACUGGUAGCUUUCAUUAUGGUUUUCUCAGCCAGCGGUCUUGUCCCUCUUUUCGACCUCGCUUUCCCGGUCUUCACCACCGCCUACCUCCUCAUUCUCUCACGCCUAGCUUUCCCCACCCAUGGCGGUUCCACCACCUCUAAAGAGAUAUACGAAGGAACCCGGAUAUUCCGAGCUUAUGUCAUACUAGGGACCACUGUGGGAUUGUUUUUACCCUUGGCUUAUGUUCUGGGUGGGUUUGCAAGGGGAGAUGAGCAGUCCCUGCAGUCCGCAACACCGCAUCUGUUUCUGCUAUCGUGUCAGAUACUAACAGAAAACAUCAUAAGUGGGCUGUCUUUGUUUUCGCCUCCUGUUAGAGCUUUAGUGCCUAUGUUGUACACAGUUAGAAGGAUAUUUGUGAUCCUGGAUUGGGUUCAAGAUGUGUGGAUCAACAAGUCCCUCUCUCCAUAUGCUGGGAUCAAGGACGUGGCAUGGUUCUGGUUCGGAAGGGUUCUAGCGUUAGCGAACCUGGCUUAUUUUUCCAUCAACAUGUUCGGGUUUUUGAUACCGAGGUUCCUGCCCAGAGCAUUCAAUCAAUACUUGAGGGAGCAAAAUGAUGAGAUCCAAAGAAAGGUGGUGGAAGACGAACCUACUUCACCUUUAGAUAAAAAGUCACUCUAGUCUAAUUAGAUACAUAAAUGUAUGCAUGAGAACUAAAAGGAGUUGAGGUUGUUUCAAGUUUCUGAUUCAGUUUGUAUGGUAGGGUAAUGAAUGAGGUUUUUUUAGUUAUUGUGUAUAGUAGAAGUAGAUAUGUAUUUGUUUUUUAUUAAGUUUGAUGGUUUCAUUC